GUGUUAAUCUCACAUAAGUAUACAAUACACAACAAUGUGUGAGUACUCUAAUAUCUGUUGGCGUAUUUCAAGAGCCCAUAAACGUUAUUGAAUGGUGUUUUGUAUGUGCAUUACAGCGUUCUCAUAUUCUGCUGACAUAAAAAUGUCAUAAAAAACUAAUGUUGUGGUAUUAAAGUAAAGCAUAGACCAGUGAUUCCAAACCACUGAACGCUGGCACGUUAGUGUGACUUGAUCGAUCAUCAGAUCUACCAAAGAAAAUGAUCAAAGAGCUGUCGAACAAGAUAUUUAAGUGUGGUUUUCUUCAAUUCCUGUGAGUAUGUCAGCGCUGUGUUCAACUAAAUAGGACCAAGUUUCACACUGAGUAAAUUGAAUCUUGAAUUUUAUUAGGUAUAUUUUAAUUACAUUUGUGGUUGGUCAUGAACCAUGUGAUAUUUUUCUAAUGUAAAAUAUGUGCUGUGGCUCAAGAAAGGUUGGGAAACACUGGCAUAGACCAUAGUGGUAUAAACACAAAUUCUAGAAUUUCACAUAGAGUAUUUCAUUGGUAAAUAUGUAUGAUAAUAAGAGACAAAAGAGAAAGAAAAAAAACAAGCAAUGGCAUUAUGUCCUUAACUUUAAUCUUCUAUAUUCUGUUUUUUUAACGUAGAUCACACCAAAGUGGUAAAAUGAUUGGUAAAGUGGGAAAAGUAGUUGGUCUCUUUGUUUAGACAUCCCCGAUGCUCUGCUGCAUUAUUCCAGCUCUUUGUGUUUUAUAUUUCAUUAGCUGAGCUAGCUGCAUGUCGCGUCACCUUCAAUUAUCCUCCCUGUCACCAGACCCGUGGUGAGUGUCUGCUGGCUCUGGUGGUUAUAGGCUUCAGGGGACAGGUAAUCAGGUCAUAGUUAACCUGUCAUCCUGUCAGACUGCAGAGAGCAGCCCGAGCCUGGGACAAAGAACUUCCCACUUCUUGACGUCUUAGCAGAUAUCCUCGAUGUUACGGUGAAACCGCUCCAUGGAAACUUGACUUGGCUUCACUCAUUGGUCCAAAUGAUCACAGCAAACCAUGCCAAACUGUUACUGGAGUAGCAGAGCAGACAGCCGGACUGUGUGUUGACGAUCAUCUCUAAAACCCUGCCUGGACUCUGCCAGUUUUCCUUCUACAGCUUUUUUUUAUUGGAAGUGCUUUCACAAUGGGGAGGAAGAAGAUCCAGAUCACCCGGAUCGUAGACGAGAGGAACAGACAGGUGACCUUCAUGAAGAGGAAGUUUGGCCUGAUGAAGAAGGCCUAUGAGCUGAGCGUUCUGUGUGACUGUGAAAUCGCCUUAAUCAUCUUCAACAGCUCCAACAAACUGUUUCAGUACGCCAGCACCGACAUGGACAAAGUCCUGCUCAAAUACACGGAGUACAACGAGCCCCACGAGAGCAGGACCAACUCGGACAUUGUAGAGGCUCUGAACAAGAAGGAGCACAGAGGCUGCGAGAGCCCUGACGCUGACGCCUCCUACGUCCUCACCCCCAGCACCGAGGAGAAAUACAAGAAAAUCAAUGAGGAAUUUGACAACAUGAUGAAGAGCCAUAAGAUUUCGACAGGACUUCCUCAGCAGCACUUCAUGCAUUUAGCGCCGGGCAGCAUGUCGUACGGCCCAGGUGCAGGGGGAGGAGGAGGAGGAGGAGGUGUAUCUUCUCAGGCUCUCGCUGCAGCCACAGCUGCUCUGGCUGACAGUGGUCUCCUCUCUGCACAUCACUCCCACCUUCACAGAAACCCCCCACAAAGACCACCAAGCAGCGGAAAUGCAGGUGGCGUGCAUGGAGGUUCGGACAUGGUUCUGCAAAAUGGAUCUGGACCACUUGUGAACGGUUUUGUUGGAUCACCUGGUGGAAGCACUUUGGGGAAAAUCGUACGUUCCAAAUCUCCUCCUCCUCCUCCGCCUCCGGGGAACAACCUCGGCCCUGCCAGCCGUAAGAGUGAUCUCAGAGUGGUCAUACCCCAGUCCAAAGGAAUGAUGCAAACACUGNNCAACCAGAGGCUGAGCAGCAGUCAGUCUAACCAGCACCAGCCUCUGUCCACCCCGGUGGUCUCCAUCAACACACCCAGUCUGCCUCACCAGAGUCUGGUCUACUCCACCAUCAACUCCACCUACAACAAUGAUUACUCCCUGAGCAGUGCAGAGCUGUCAGGCUUCAGCUCUCCUGGAGGCCCCUCUCUGAGCUCCAUGGCAGCGUGGCAGCAGCACCAGCUGGGCUCACUGGGACCGGGGGGAGCCAACCACAACGUCAAUGUUAAAGCCGAGCCAAUCUCCCCACCUCGUGACCACCUCGGUCAGUCCGUGUACAUGGGCCACGCCCACACCACCGCUGCUCAUCCUCACUCCACCGGUUCUUCAUCAGCUCGAGCGGAGACGGGCAGGUCCCCCGCAGACAGUGUAAGCUCCUCGUGCAGCUCUCAUGAUGUCGGCAGUGACCGGGAGGAGCAUCAGCAGCGGCCGGACUUCCACUCGCACCACAUGAGCCGGUCAGAGGGCGGUCAAAGUCCUACGGUCAAACGAAUGCGAAUGGACAGCUGGGUGACAUAGAGCACUGACCCCCGGAGGCCGAACGACAUCAGGGCAAAAACAGGAAGGACACUGUUAUGCAAAUGAAAUUAUUUUAUUGUUCUGUUGUUUGUUUGUUUUUUUUUCUUAAGUUAUCUUAUUUUUUCUGUCGUUUUGUAAAAGAAGGAUGAAGCUACAUUGGUCAGGAAAUUGUGAAGAAAACAUCCCUCGAUGUUCAAAAAUCAAUGUUUCGGUACAACAUCUCUUCAUAUACACACUCAACAAACACACCUACAUUCACUCCUGUUUUUCUUACUGUUUUAGGGACAUGUUCAGAUUUUAUUUUUGUUGUGUUGUUUUAUGAAGUACCGAUGAAAAGUAAUUCUUUCGGGCACAGGAACCAGCUUAAAACUUCCAACGUUCCAUCUCAGUGAGAAGUUAUCAGAUUUUUAAUGGAUUCUACCACAACUGUUAACACACGACUGGUUCGGUGAAUAACCCCACUUAAAAAGACAUGAACGAUCACUGUGUUGCUGUAAUGGGUGACAGUUAAAUGUAACAUUUCAGCCAACAGUGUUUUCACACCGAAGGUGACCAAUCAGCUCCACCCAACUCUUAGAUUUCCACUGUAUCGCUAACUGUUUGGUUUUCUUGCAAAUUUUCUGCACUGUGCACAAGAAAUCCUUUUUUUUUUGUAAUUUACAUCAUUUCUGAAGGAGGUGAGGAAAGCACAAGAGCAACAAGGCACCACUGAAGUGCACAUCACAGCUGAAGAGUGGCUGCUAACAGGAAGAAGCACAGAAGAAAAUAUCCACAGAUCGAUUGCACUAAAAUUUGGGUUAUUUUAAUUAAAAAAAAAAGAAAAUUACACCUGACUGUUGACCAUCAGUGUGAAUGUUUAACACACAUCAGACUUAGUUUUCCAAAAAAAUAAAAUAAAAAGUGUAACUUCCAUUUUAGAUUAUUACAAUACGUCUGCUGCAGCUUUACAUCAAAGUGUAACAUGUUUCUGUGUGCACAGAAAAAUAAUAUUUCACAAAUUUGUUUUUUUAAACCAAGGGCCACACAGUAGUAAAGUGAUAGGCACACUUGCCUUACACCAAAAAGAUCACCAGUCUGAUCCUCGCUGGAAACCUCCAACUGUCCAAAAUCUCUGCUGUGUAUGUGGCCCAGUAAUGGACUGGUGAACUGUCCAGGGCGGGACCCCACCCCCAACGUACCCCCGUGACCCUGGAAAUGAUAACGUGGUUUAACAUAUAAACAUAAAACUAAAUCGUACAUUUUUCCUUCAGUAAAUGAAAAAAAAGGAUCAAUAAUGUCCCUUUUAUCAUAUUUACGUUUUAUCUGUGCAGUUUUAUGCUUCACUGACUGUAGGUCCAAUUGCAGUACAAUCUUUCUGUUGUUGUUGUUGUUCAGAUGAAUGCAGUAGACCAUCAUGUGGGCCAGAAUAUGUUCACAAACUCAACACAUGGAUCCCAAAGUUUGUUUGUUUUACUAAAAAAAAGGUCAGAAUGUUGAGAGAAAAGAAAAAAGAAAAAAGGUUAUAGCAUUAUUUUAGUCCGAUCUGUCACUUUAUAAUUGUACAAAAAAAAAAUUGAUAAACUUCAUCUGAAAUACAAAAUGCUGACUUUUGAAUUAGGGUCAAAUCAAGGUCAAGUUCGUUAGUUCAAUCUUACUUUUCUUGUAAAAAGAAGAGAAUUCUGUUCAUUAAUCUUUUCAAAACGUUCUUUUAGAUUUUAACAAGCCAAAAUUUGAAAAAUAAAAAAUUAAAAUCCUUCUGUUUGAUCCUUCUGUGUCAGUGCAGCUGACACAAGACCUUCACGUUGUCUCUCAGUUCAUGAGGUGCUCAAUGAUUUUUUUUUUUUUUCCCCCCACCGGCUGUAACCUAAUACGAUUCUGAUCUUCUCAGGGUUUGAAAGCAAUACUCCCUCUGCACCAUCAUUUGAAUCCUUCUUUUCUACCUUUGUUUUUUUAAAAUUGUUUUUACAAAAACAUAUUUAUGUUAGCCAUAGCAGUAUGCUGUUUCACGUCGUUUGUGAGUGUGUUUUUAAAUUGUGCACAAAAUGAGACAAAAUUUCAUUAGGACUUUAAACUGAAAGCCAUGGACAGUUGUUUGUUCUUUAUCACAUCUGUUUUUAUUGUUCUGUAAAUAGCAUCUUUAAUAUAUAUAUACAUAUAUAUAUAUGUAUCACUUUUUUGGCGUACUAUACAUGCAUAACCUGUUUUUUGUAUUUGCCUGGUUGACAGAAACACACCUCCACCCCAGUUUUGCAAAAGCUAUAUUUUUGUGGAGGAUUGCCACGUUCACAUGACAUUGUCCUUUACCUGCUUCUUUUGGGAUGAUUCUGUUUUUAUGUGAACUAAGCCAUGAAAAAAACACUCUCCUUGAAGGAAAUUUUUCAGUGAUAUUCAAUGAAAGCCAAACGCUGUUUAGAAAUGUAUUGAAUGAAUUCCAAACGUUCAACAGAGGCGAAACAGACUGAUAUUGUUUAAUUUAUUUCAGAAGAAAAAAAAAUGCUGUACGUGUCAAGUUAACUAGACAAAUAAAGACCCAACGACUUUACUGAUGCA